AACCUCCCGCCCACUGACAGUUUACGAUCGGCGGGCGCGUUGUCAGCACGCCGCCGCCGCCGCAUGAGCCUCGGUGCCUCGCGUGCUGCGCGCCAAUGUUGUCAUCGCCUCGCGGACGCGAACGUCACGCCAUAAAUAAACAAAGUACAUCGCCAGUGACUCACGAAUACGGACAAGUGUGUAAACAAUUUAGCGUUCUCAUUACAGGUGCUUUCAUACACACAUAAGUUGAAAUUCAGUGAUAAUAUACCAUUAAUGGAUGUCUGACGCUUAUUUUGAGAUGAUGAAGAAUAAAAGUUCGCGGUAGAGGCACCCGAUAUGAACUCGGACGUCCACCGCCACCAGGCGCAUCCACCGCUUGCACAGCACGGCGUGGGCCCUUGCGGCUGGUACUCGGCGUCGGCGACGCCCGCGCCCACCGCGCCGGCCCGCCUCAAGCGCGUGCAGCCCCCGCAGCAACUGCCGUCCGGGGGAGGUGUGACCAGCAAUGGGCCGCACGCGCCCGUAUCUCCCACCGCACUGCAGAACCCCGCAGUACACAACAAUGUGAUGCCGUCAUCGGUCCGCGCGGCUGGCCCCGCCCCGGGCGCCAUGCACGCCUCACAGACCACCGCUGCGGCAACGAAGGGGCCCAGCGACCUGUUGGUGAGCUCGACGUGCCAGAACCCGCCGCCCGUCGCCACCCGACUCACCAACAUGACCCAGUACCCCUGGCACCACGGCGCCAUCUCUCGGGAGCGCGCGGAGGCGCUGCUGUCGAGCUCGCCGGACGGCGUGUUCCUAGUGCGCGAGAGCACCAACUUCCCCGGCGACCACACGCUCUGCGUGCGCUUCCGCGGCCGCGUCGAGCACUACCGUGUAAAAUGGGCGACGGUGCCGGACAGUCAAACGCAAAGGCUCACCAUCGACGACGAAGAGUUCUUCGACAACAUGACUGAUUUAAUACACCAUUACCUAAAAGACGCCGACGGGCUGUGCACGAAGUUAGUGCGGUGCCUGCCCAAGGCGGCCCCCAACGGCGCCAGCAACCCGCUGCAACCUCCCUACCCGCCGCAUCCACAGCAGCCGCCGCCGUACCCGCCGACGCCGCCGGUGCCGGCGCCGGCGCACUUCGCGCCCGCGUACGCGCAGCAACAACCCCCGGCGCAGGACACCGUCGACGCUGCCAAGUUCCUCGACGCGCGCUGGAUAAUCAACGAGCGCGACCUGGAGAUCCGCGAGAACAUCGGCAAGGGCGAGUUCGGGGACGUGAUGCUCGGUAUCCUCAACGGGAACCUCAAGGUGGCCGUCAAGAUCCUCAAGGACCGCGAGGCGGCCAGCAAGUUCCGUGCUGAAGCCUCCGUCAUGGCGUCCCUCAAGCACGAGAACCUGGUCCGGCUACUGGGGCUGGUGUUCAGCUCGUCAGGCACCUGCCUGGUGACGGAGCACUGCGCGCAGGGCUCGCUGCUUGACUACCUGCGCAGCCGAGGCCGCCAUUACGUGACGCAGCGGGACCAGAUCAACUUCGCCUACGACACGUGCUGCGGCAUGGAGUACCUGGAGCGGCAGCGCGUGGUGCACCGCGACCUGGCGGCGCGCAACGUGCUGAUCAGCGCGGAGGGGAGCGCCAAGGUGGCGGACUUCGGCCUCGCACGCACCGACCAGGUGCCCGACGACCCCGCCGACCAGCUGCGCCUGCAGGCCAAGCUGCCCAUCAAGUGGACCGCACCCGAGGCGCUCAAGUACAACAAAUUUUCAAAUAAGUCUGACAUGUGGAGUUUCGGUAUCCUGCUCUGGGAGAUCUACUCGUUUGGAAGGGUGCCAUAUCCUAGAAUUCCGCUGGCGGAGGUGGUGCGGCACGUGGAGCGCGGGUACCGCAUGGAGGCGCCGGAGGGCUGCCCGGCGGGGCCGUACGACGUCAUGCGCGGCGCCUGGCACGCCGACCCCGCGCAGCGCCCCACCUUCGCCGCCACGCGCCGCACGCUCGCCGCCAUCCGCGACCAGGCGCUCGCGCAGGACCACCCACACCCCCCACCCCAUCCCCACCCGUGAGCGGCGCGGACGGCCGAGGGCGCUAGUAAAGAUAUAACUUAGACUCUACAUCCAUUCUCACACAGGAUUAGGUAAAGUGCUGUGAAGUUGCAAAAUGUAUUUUAAAAAUAACCUAUAGUUAAGUACUAAAUUAUUUUGAUAUUAUGUUUAAAGACACUUCCUCAUGGAGUAUUUCUAAUCUAGUUUAGGUAGCGUGUAAAAUUGGUGUGUAAUAGAGGAAAAAUUGACCGAGUUUAGUAUUAUGUGUACUAUUGUUUUUUAUCCUUAUUUGAGGCCUAAAUGCGUAACGAAUUAUUACGGUAAAGAUUCCACCCAUUAUGGACCGCGUUCGGUUGUUUGUCGGUACUAUGCUACUGUCUAGUCAAAUAAAGUUUGUAAUAGUGUUUGUAUCAUAAUUAUAAUUUCCACAGUAAACCGAUAAGACGACUGAUAACGUUAUAGCGAGAAACUACUGCAUGUACUUCAACUAUACACCUUGCUCUAUGCGCAAAAAUGCAGGAGUUAUGUAUUUUUCGGAAGAUUUAAUAGCUACAAAAUGAUUAAUUCUAUAAUAUAAUGUAACCCAGUGAUGAGUGUAGAUCCAUUAGUGUUUAGUUUUUCUGAUGAUUUUACACAAUUAGCUAAUUUGGUAAAGUGCAGUUUAAAGUGAGAAUACACUUGAGAGCGAAGCGCUGCUUAACUACUGUAUGCAGUUUAGAAAAUGUGCGUUAGUGAUUAAUUGUAAUGUAAUGCAUUGAUUUGCACUUUGUCUAGUAGCUCGGUAAGAUAAUGCUUUAUUCAUAAAGCGAAAAGUUGCAGCGGCCAACUUUCAGGUUGUGCUAUUAUAAAAUUGAUAGUAUAUGUACACAAAAGGUUGAUUUUGCGAUGUAUGAGGUAAAUGUAAUAGAGUUAUAUUGAUUAUGAGAUAAAUUAAACGGUGUAUUGUCCACGAUUUUGAAUCUCAUGUAGAGUGCUGUCAGUUUAUAACUAAAUGGAUAGCUUGUGAUAUGUUUUAUGUAAUAAUGUGUAAGCUGGUGCAUGUCUAUUACGAAUCCACCCGAACGCCAGUUUUAAUGUUUGCAGUGGCCAUAUUAUAUUAUGUAUGAGUGUGAUUACAUUGGAACUAUAAUGGAAUAUUCAAUGUAUUUCCAUUUUGAAUACGUUUCCGCGGCUAACCUUCUGAAAGCUCAACACUACAUUCAUGGCAAUGUUUUUUUUUUCAAAUAUUUUAGAUAAAUAAAUGCUAAGGCGAAUAACGUGGGGAAAAAUAUUGUAGGUGUAGUUUUGUCUGCCACGACAUCAUACAAUGCGGUAACUAGGUUGUCAAGUGCUUAUACAUAGUUACCACAACCCAUAUGGCGACUUAAAACGCCAUAUAGUUCUGCAGCCAAACUAACUUCUUCAUCAUUUUUCACCACUUUUAUCCGUCUUAGUAUUUUUUUAUGCAAAUACUUAUUCCGUUUCUGAUUUACGAGUAAGACAUCAAUUUUGUUCAAAGUAUAUGUUGACUGUGAUUAGCCACUCGCUGCACAAACUGCAUCACAAUAUCGCAUUUAGCUGCACCCGCACUGAAAUAACAUAUGUCUAUGUUGCACCAUGCCUGGAAAGCGAUGCAUUUAUUUAUGUUUUCUCAUCAAACUGAAAGCAUGAAAAACUGCAGCUCAUCUAUUUAAACUUUCAUUAUGCAAUACUAGUUUUAAGUGUUAAAUUGUUUAUUACGAUUUAUUAUUUAUGACGCCUUUGAAAAUUGAGGGACGGUCGGCAGAAGAGUUUUUUUCUACCAAAGUAUAUUCUAUGUAUUUUGAAAGAAAACGUGAACUAUGUUCCCGCUAGCUAGAGUCUUCCUUUAUCGGUAAUUAUUAUAAUUUCUCGUACAAGUGCACUAGUCUAAAGGGUUAUUUCGUUGUAAGCCUAAGGACUGCCGUGGUGUUCGUGUUGUAUAUUGUUUCCGUGUGCAUUACGUAUUUGAACAUAAGAGAAUACAAAUCUCAAGUUGUUUUUAUUACUGUACUUUUAUUUUCACUGUAAAUACAUAAUGUUAAGGGAUAAAGUAUAUGUAUAAUAACAGAAUAUAAAUUCACUCAACAUC